GGCUCAUUUCAACUUCGACCAGACGAACGUCAACAUCACUCCUUUUAAAUGGCGGUCCUCACGAGCAGAAGCCUGAAAGACGAUCUCGAGGAUUUGAACGACACGAGGAAAGCGAUCGAGAAUGCGGAAUGCCGUGCCCGCCUCGAUCACAAGAGGACCGAUUCCAAGCAAAAUUUGAAAAAUAACCGGGAGUAUGCCCAAGCUCUGCACCGUGAGGCGGAUCAGUUGUACCGCAGCGGCGAUUACGAGUCGGCAUUGGUGCUUUACCAUAGAGCGGCCAACUUGUACCCAAAGGACAGUAGUCACGGUGUCGCGGCGAGGAGGACGGCGGCGACGAUAAGCUCCUGCAACAAUCCAUCGAAAGCCGUGAGGAAAGUUUCACCUCUGAUCUCUGGAGAACAAUUGACCGCAGCCCUGUGUCCUGAAACCGCCGCCAUCAUAGCGAACGAGAAGCUGAAGAAAUCGCCGGAACCCGCCACGAUCCCCGAGGUACUCAGCUACUUCGACAAUCACAAAAGCUACUGGAAAACUCAACCGUCCCCCCGCGUGUCGAGCAAUCAGCUGACAAAAUCGAAAAUGGCGCACAAACAGAUGAACAAUCUCGCCGAGACAUCGUUGAAGAAUCUCCAAGCGUCGUUCGACUCUGGAAAAAUGUCGUCCGCGUUGAAGAUCGCCCAGGAUUUGCUGCUCGUCUCGGGCGGUUUCCAUGAUCCCACGCGUUACCAAAUAGCGGCCUACCAUUACCUUUCCCUGAUCCACGUCGCCCUGGGAAGGCACGAUCGCGCCGUGUGCAGCGUGUCCCGUUUGAUCCGUUUGUCGAAGAGCACCGCGGACGUGAAUCUGUUAUGCCGCUCGUUGGUCACGUUGGGCAAGGUGCACCUCAGCUUCGGCCAUCUUGAGGCGGCCGCCAAGGCGUGGGAGCAUCUGGCCAAGGAUCUGAAGAAACCCAUCCCGGUCGCUUGGAUCAGGCACGAGAUUGGAAGAUGCUAUUUGGAGACUGGCAAGUACGAGAGGGCGAUGGAGAUGGGUUUCAGGUGCGUGGACGCGGCCACGAAAGGUAAUUCUAAGAAGUGGAUGCUGAACGGAAGGUUGUUGAUAGGUCAAAGCCUGGCCAAAUUAGGAAGAUUCGUGGAGUCGUUGGAGGAGCUGCAAGUAGCCGCGAAGAUCACCGAGGAGGAGGGGGACACACCGAUGAUGUCGUACAUUCGCGAUCUCAUCGACCAGGUGGCGCACGCUCUCCGCAUGAUCCCGUUCAAGAACGGGAGCUACGAGAUCGUUGCCUCUGCGAUCUCGCAGGACCAGGCGUCGGCUAACCAGAACGUGAACCUGUUCGUGAGCGAGCAAACGGUGAUAACAACCGUCUUCUCCCAGAGGAAGCUGAUCACGGGCGGGCGAAGGGAGGACGAGUCUGGGAACGAGGGGGGGAUAACGGAACGGACCGUGGACGAACCGUUGACAACGGAAGCGUCGACGUACGAUCUCCGUUCCGAUCUCGAGGAGGAGGAGGAGGAGGAGGAGAAGAUGGAGGAGGAGGAGGAGGAGGGAGGCGGUGGGAACUCCACGUUCAGAGUGAAGAAAUCAUCGUCCUCGGAUCGUAGGAAGGGAAGAAUUUCGCCCUCGCCCUCUAAAUCCUCCUCCCUCUCCUCCUCCCCCUUUUACUCGCCGAAAAUUAAGGAGGCGAAGGAGAAGAGAAAACCCAGGGAAAGAGCCCAGAAGAAGAUCGUGGAUGGGGGGAAGAACAAGAACGAGGAGGAGGGGGAUGAGGACGAGGAUGAGGAAGAAGAGGAAGAGGAGGAAGAAGAGGAAGAGGAGGAAGAGGAAGAGGAAGAAGAGGAAGAGGAAGAGGUUGAAGAGGAGGAGGAGGGGGAAGAGGAAUUGAAGAACGAGAGCAGCAAAACCUCGUUGAGAAGCGGCAACACAAUGGGAACUUACGUGAUAGAGGAGGGGGCAGCGUUGGAGAAAGCGGCAGCGGAGGAGGAGGAGGAGCAGGUGAGCGACAACGAGGGGGGGGUGGUGGACGGUGUGGUGGCGAGGAUGGCGGGGGGAAGGACGCCCAUCAAGUUGAGCGAGUUUGGCGAUAAGAUGGCGCAGAGAGGGGAUAUGAUGGACGCUUUGCGAGUAAUCGAGGAGUUGGGGGAGAAGAACGAGGUGGAAUUGUUGGAGAUGCUCAAGGAGAUGCUGUUCCCCAACGAUAAUGAUAAAGGUGGAAGGCAAGGAGAUUUCAGCGACUCGGGGGGGGAUGGAUUCCGGAACCCGAGAUUGGGACAGGAUAGGCAGAACGCGAAUAAUACUCGCUCGAUCGUGAUCGCGUUGCCCUCGAGCCCGCGCAAAUGUCACGCCAACGGGGAUUUUAACGAUUGUGAUAUACCGUUGGAAUUUUGAUCAAUUGAUGCGGUGCUCCAUUGUGUGGCGACACGAUCGUGUUUUAUAUAUAUACGUACAUAUACAUAUAUAUAUAUAUUUUUUUUUUUUACUCUCGUGAUCGUGUAAGAUUUGUCUAGUCUCUUUAUGUAUUAUUUCGAUCCAUUUUUUUUUUUUUUUUUAAUGUCAUUAUAUUAUACGUGGAAAUCUUCUAGAGAAUAUGUCGCACGAGAUUUCUUUUUUUUUUUUCCACCUUUUUAGGGAGGCAGGAGAAAACUUUGUCUCGAAUUGAAAAUUGCUCAAUGUAAAUCAACGAGUGUCGAGUUUUUUUUAAUUAUUAUUAUUAUUAUUAUUAUUAUAUAUCGGUUAAUAUUUUUCCCAUUUUCAAAUCGUACUAAGUUUUAUAAGUAUAUAUAUAUAUAUAUAUUAUAUACACAUUAAUAAAGAAGAAGACAAGUCCAAUAAUAAUUUUUCGAUUUAUCCAAUCCGAUUCUUCUUUAAGAGAAGGAUCAGUUUAUUUAUCAUUAUUUACUCUUUUUUUCUCGAUCCUGAGAUCCUUUAUAAGAUCAAUUAUCUUCUCUUGUUCUGGAAAAAUGGAAGGAUCGAAUAACGAUAUGAAAAUACGUUGAACGUAUAAAAUCCUUCAACGAGAUCUUUCGAGAUUCAAUUUCUUCAGAUAAAGAUCUGUAGACUAUGGAUACGGAUGAAUUUUCAACAGACGCGUUUCAUGGACGAGAUUGGAAAUGUGCGUGGACGGAGGGGGGGGGGGAGAGGGGAGUCGUGGAGAAUAUAAAAGGAGGGAGAAAGGUACUUGUGCGUGCUACCUGUUGAGCUACCCUAUGUGUGUUCUCGCCAGGCCUCUUUUGUACGGUCAUCAAGGCGGCCGGAAUGGCGCUCCUCGUGUUUUUCAAGCGGCGUGAGAAAGGCAACCGGACCGACCACUUGAAUCCUCACUGUUUUACCCCUUGCCGGGGUGCACAAGGAAUGUUUGCAGCUUCUCUUAAGGGAUCUUGUCGCCGUUAUUUUAAACGUAACGUGGACUGCAGAGAGACUGCUGUUGCACGUUUAAUUAAUACAAUUGGUAGACAGUAAAAUUAUCCAGGAUUAUUUUAUUUCUGUUAAAAUGCUGUAGGAGAGGAAUUAGAAAAGUUAAAAUUUUAAAUUUAUAAUCUUCUUGGCUUGUUAAUAAGAUUAUAUAUUUUUAUUAUGGUGUAAUAGGUAGAAGAGAGAAAUUGAAUUUUUAAUUUUCUAAUGUUGUCUGUAUAUAGUCUGUUCUCUUUUUUAGAUUAAAAUUUUAACAGAAUUCUCUCGAUUCUUUCGUGUGUAUAACAUAAUAUGGGAUUAUACAUUUCUAUUAUGGUUUAAUAACUGGAAGAAAGAAAUUGAAUUUUUAAUUUUCUAUGUGUAGUCUCUUCUUUAAGUUAAAAUUUUUACAGAAUUCUCUCGAUUCUU